AUGCCCGGGACUCUUGUUGGCUCACGGCCCCAGCAGCUGUCGUCUGAGCGGGACAAGAUGGACUCCUCUCCGCGUCGAGAUCUCUAUUUGAUCGCGAACGACGAUACCGUCUAUGAGCAGGAUAUCCUCCGUGAUCCCGGCAGCAUCAAGCCAUGGCUCUCCUACAUCGAAUACAAAAAGCAGAAUGGCACUCUCUAUGAGCAAUCGUUUAUAAUGGAACGAGCAUGCAAACAAUUGCCCCGAUCAUACAAGCUUUGGAAGAUGUAUCUUGAACUUCGAAUUAAUCACGUUAGAGGGCGAAACCCGUCUACCCACCAAUCUGAGUACCUCAAGGUCAACGCGCUCUUCGAACGAGCCGUCGUCCUUCUAAACAAGAUGCCUCGUAUCUGGGAGAUGUAUCUCACAUUCUUGCUUGAGCAGCCUCUUGUUACUCAGACACGGCGGACCUUUGAUCGUGCCCUUCGUGCCCUGCCUAUCACUCAGCAUAAUCGUCUAUGGAAGCUUUACAAGGCGUUUGCCGCCUCGGCGUCUGGUGAUACCGCCGUAAAGGUCUGGAAUAGAUACAUGCAAAUUCACCCAGAAGAUGCAGAAGAAUUUAUUGCUAUUUUGGUGCAAAUGGAACAAUACAACGAAGCCAUCAAGUGGUAUAUACGGAUUUUAGACAACCCUCGGUUUCAAUCGAAGAACGGACUGAGCCACUUCCAGCUCUGGACAGAAAUGGUUGAAUUGCUCGUCAACAAGGCGAAAGACAUUGAGACUGGACCCCAUGUGGGUAUCAACGUUGACUUGAUCAUUCGGAGCGGCGUCGAUAAAUUCCCGGAUCAACGAGGGAGACUAUGGGUCGGACUGGCUACUUACUGGAUAACGAAAGGGAACUUCGAAAAGGCGCGUGAUGUUUUUGAAGAGGGAAUUACUACUGUUAUGACGAUUCGAGACUUCACCAUGAUAUUUGAUUCGUAUGUCGAAUUCGAGGAGUCAAUUAUCGGAGCACUCAUGGAAAAGGCUGCUGCUCGGUCAGAGAAAGGAAAAAUAGACGAGAAUGCUGAUUUCGACCUGGAUCUGCGUAUGAUGCGAUUCGAACAACUUAUGGACCGCCGUCCAUUCUUAGUUAACGAUGUGCUUCUAAGACAAAACCCUAACAACGUGAUCGAAUGGGAAAAGCGAGUGGUGCUAUGGGGUGACAACAAGACGGAAGUGGUACGGACCUAUACCGAUGCUAUCGCUACGAUCCAUCCCAAGAAAGCUCACGGAAAGUUCUACGAGCUCUGGGUCAACUAUGCCAAAUUCUAUGAGGGUGGCGGUGACCUCGAAACCGCAAGAGUAAUCAUGGAUAAGGCAGUUAAGGUGUCUUUCAAAACCGUUGCCGAGCUAGCAGAAACUUGGUGCGAGUGGGCAGAGAUGGAACUGCGGAAUGAGAACUUUGACCGCGCUGUUGAAAUCAUGGCAAAGGCGACCCAAGCACCAAAGCGAUCUACCGUGGACUACUUUGACGAAACCCUCUCUCCACAGCAACGUAUCCAUAAAAGCUGGAAGCUGUGGAGUUUCUAUGUCGACCUCGUUGAGAGUGUGCGAAGCCUUGAAGAUACUACGAAAGUCUACGAACGAAUCUUUGAGCUCCGAAUUGCUACCCCUCAAACCGUCGUUAACUACGCCAAUCUUUUGGAGGAGCAUAAAUAUUUCGAGGACUCCUUCAAGAUAUACGAACGUGGUCUUGAUCUCUUUAACUACCCCGUCGCCUUCGAGUUGUGGAAUCUGUACUUGACCAAGGCUGUGGAUCGUAAGAUUGGCAUCGAACGACUGCGAGAUCUUUUCGAGCAAGCGGUGGAUGGAUGUCCGCCCAAAUUCGCAAAGGUUCUGUAUCUCAUGUACGGGAAUCUUGAAGAGGAAAGGGGUUUGGCGCGUCAUGCUAUGCGAAUCUACGAGCGUGCAACUCGCGCUGUAUCCGAUGAGGAUCGAUCCGAGAUGUUCAACUUCUACAUUACAAAAUCUGCUUCGAACUUUGGGUUGACGUCUACUCGACCUAUCUACGAGCGAGCUAUUGCAGCCUUGCCUGACAAAGAAGCCAAGGACAUGUGUCUUAAGUUCGCAGAAAUGGAACGCAGACUGGGUGAGAUUGAUCGUGCAAGAGCCAUCUAUGGCCAUGCUUCGCAGUUCUGUGACCCUCGAACCAACGCGGAGUUCUGGCAGAAAUGGGAAGCAUUUGAAGUGCAACACGGUAAUGAAGAUACCUUCAAGGAAAUGCUUCGCAUUAAACGAAGUGUUCAAGCACAGUACAAUACCGAUGUCAACUUUAUCGCUUCGCAGGCAAUUGCUCGCAGCAAGCAGAUCACCAAGGAGACCAUAAAUGAAGCUGCCGGCCAAGGAGAGGGGGCCACAGAUGCCAUGGCGGCGUUGGAACGCCAGGCACAAGCACCGAUUGGUUUCGUUGCAGCCAGUACAGGGCCGGAGGGCGGUAAACGCUCAGACGAACCUGUUGCCCCGGCUGCAAACCCAGACGCUAUCGACCUUGAUGAUGAGCUAUAG